AUGGACGCGGGCCCCUCGCCGGCCGCCAGCCUCGAGGAUGCCAAGUGGAGCUCGGCGUCCGUCCCUUUGGACCUGCUGGUCGGCACUUACCGCCUGCCUCAAGUCGUCAGGCUGGACGGCGGAGAACCUAUAGAAGGUCUUCGAGAGAGUGAUUACCUUUUGAUUCAUUCAUGUCGGCAGUGGACAACAAUUACAGCUCAUAGUCUGGAGGAGGGUCAUUACGUCAUAGGUCCAAAGAUAGAAAUCCCCGUGCAUUAUGCCGGGCAGUUUAAGCUGCUGGAACAAGACCGUGAUAUUAAGGAGCCAGUGCUGUACUUUAACAGUGUGGAGGAGGUGGCUAAAGCAUUUCCUGAACGAGUUUACGUCAUGGAGGAAAUAACAUUCAAUGUUAAGGUUGCUUCUGGUGAAUGCAACGAGGACACCGAGGUUUACAACAUCACACUUUGUACUGGGGAUGAGCUGACUUUGAUGGGACAAGCAGAAAUCCUUUAUAAAAAAUCCUCAAAGGAAAAGUCACGGCUCAACACCAUCUUCAAAAGAAUCGGGAAGCUGAAUUCCAUCAGCAAAUUAGGCAAAGGAAAAAUGCCGUGCCUGAUCUGCAUGAACCACAGGACCAACGAAAGCAUUAGCCUUCCCUUCCAGUGCAAGGGCCGCUUCAGCACACGCAGCCCUCUGGAGUUGCAAAUGCAAGAGGGCGAGCACACAAUACGCAAUAUUGUAGAAAAAACACGACUGCCCGUGAAUGUGACCGUGCCAAGCCCACCUCCGAGAAAUCCUUAUGACUUACAUUUUGUCCGUGAGGGUCACCGGUACAAGUUCGUGAACAUUCAGACCAAGACAGUGGUGGUUUGUUGUGCUCUGCACAGUAACAAAAUUGUUCCAAUGCAUUUUCCUCUGCACUUGGCUCUUCCCAAAUUUUCCCUCCCAGAAAGCCUUGUGAAAGGGGAGAUGUGGCACGAGAGCUUUGUCAAGCACUGGUUUGGCCUUUGUGAAGAGCAGUUUGAUAUAGAUGAAUACUCCCGUGCUGUGAGAGACGUGAAAGUGGAUUGGAACGAAGACUGCAAAAGCCCCCAGAAAAGUCGGUGCUCCGGUCACAAUCAUGUGCCCAACUCUCUUAGCUAUGCUCGAGAUGAACUGACGCAGUCCUUCCACCGCCUCUCGGUGUGUGUUUAUGGAAACAACCUGCAUGGGAAUAGUGAAGUGAACCUCCAUGGUUGUCGGGAUUUGUGUAAUGAAUGGGCUCUGUUUUCUCAUGAUGCUUUACAGUACCAGGAUUCAGUUGAUGGUAGCAGCGACUACCUUUUUCCUGAAGUUAGCGAAGAAUCAUUGUGUUUACCUGCCAAGCCAGAACUUCCUUAUGAAGAGCUGUGGCUGUACCAAGGGGGUGGGAAAACAAGUGAUCAGCCUCUUACUCGCACACAAAGUGAAAAGAACAAAUACGAGAGUUAUAGAAGCUCUUUCCGGUCCAAGUGUGGUACUUCAUCUCUUCCAGCAUCUGGCUCCUCAACAGUAGCAUCAAAGUCUUCAGAUGAUUCCCUACCUCCACCACCUGUGCCUCCUAAAUCUGAAGCAGUUAGAGAGGAAUGCAGGCUGCUGAAUGCACCACCUGUCCCACCACGAAAUUCAAAGCCCACGUCUACCAGUCCUUCCAUUCUUCCUCGAAUGAACAAACCAGCACAGCAGCAAACUCGUUCUCCCAGUCCCACGCUCUCAUACUAUUCUUCAGGACUGCACAGCAUUACUUCUGCAGAAGAAGGAAUGGAAAAUCCUAUGGAAAGUGCUCCUAUUUCUUGCUAUCCAUGUGGCACUGUGAAAGCUGACCAGAAAGAGCUUGGCAGCAAAUUGCCUUUUGGAAGCCCCACUGCUGAUGCCCUGUCCUCCAGACAGUCAUGGCCAAAUCAUUUUUCUGGAGGGUCUGAAGACCUUAAUAAGAGUGAUUUCCUAUUGGAUCCAAGUAGGAGUUACAGUUACCCAAGGCAGAAGACUCCUGGCACACCAAAGAGAAACUGUCCAGCACCUUUUACUUUUGACUUCGACAGAUGUGAACUUCCUGCUGUGGGAACACUGCCAGUCACGGCAGAGAUUGGGUGUGUAGUUCCUAUUUGCCCCAAAUCUGCAAGUUACUCUCUUGAGUGCACUGAUGAGAAAAGUCUUGCAGUAAGUAGCACACUGCAGUCGCUUUCGUGCCCUGCCUUACCUCCUCGUGCACCAAAACCGGGGGAUGAAAAGCCAGGUCUUGACCUGUGUCCAUUGCCUCUCAAAAUAGAUGGUGCUGAAGAAGAGCCUGCAACAACCUCACCAGAUCUUUCUGAAGAUCAGUAUCUUGGUAAAAAGGGCAGGCAGGACUUAUUUGCAGUUCCCUAUCCUUUCUCGUCUCCCCUUCAUCUUCAGUUAGCGCCAAGGUCUUGCGGUGAUGGCUCUCCUUGGCAGCCUCCUACAGAUUUGUCUGGUCUCUCUAUAGAGGAAGUUUCUAAAUCAUUAAGAUUUAUAGGCUUAUCAGAGGAUGUUGUAUCAUUUUUUGUUACUGAAAAGAUUGAUGGCAACUUGCUUGUUCAGCUCAAUGAAGAGAUCCUUUCUGAGGACUUCAAGCUAAGCAAACUACAAGUUAAGAAAAUAUUGCAGUUUAUUAAUGGCUGGCGGCCUAAAAUGUAGUAUUAAACCAUUCAGCAAAACUCAGAGAUGUGCUAGAAACGCCAGGGCUAACAGUGUCUCCCA